AUGAGAAAUUGUAAUAAAUCAGAUAUCAUUUGUAAAGACAAUUCAGAAAAAAGAUACGAAGAAGAAUCAAGAAGAAGAGUUAAUGAUAAAUCAGCUAGUCUGUCAAAUAUCAAAGGUUCUGAUUAUAAUGUGACCGGUCUAUCCAACAUCAAAAAGAGUUUCAGCUGUGAUGAUAAUCUAUCAAACAAAUAUUCAUAUCAAUCAUACUUCAAAACUGGUGAAAUUAUCGAUAAUGAAUCAUACUAUAAAGCUAAUGAAAUUACUAAUAAUGUAGUUUCUCUUGAUUCUGAUACUUCAGAUGAAGAAAUGAAUACUCAUAAAUUCUUACGAGAUUAUAUUGAUAAAGUAUUUAAUGAACAUCCAGAUCCACUCGCUAAAGAAAUCAUAUUUAUGUCAAUGAACAUUAUAUUAUUGGUGAUGCUCUAUUUAGGACUCCUAAUUAGACUCUUUCCAGAUAUAAUAGUCAUUUAA